CAAUACUGACUUCACUCUUUAUACUUCUCCCCACAUGCGGAGGGAACACUUCGUGAUCAGACUUUGUUGAAGUCUUUAUCAAAAAAGAUAAAAUGUCUUCAGUCAUGGAUGGAGUCCUACUUUCUUUGUCAUCAUCCUCAUCGUUACCUUCCUCAACAGCAGCAACAGAAAAACAGAAUGACGCUUCACCUAAGAGUGAUGGCAGCGUCCCUCAGAGCCGAGAGGAACACAAAUCAACAGAAGAAUUAUGGGCAGAGACUAUCAACCCCAUGGGUGACAGACUUCUGUCCACAGAGGAGCAGGUCACUCUGAUCACUGAGAGUCUGACCGUCACCUCCACUGACCAGGAGAAGCUGCUGCUGCUGAACAAGAACACUGAGCUCCGCAGAGUAAACAAAGAGUUGAUGAAGCUGAACGAGGACUGGGACCAAGUGUACCGCAGUGCCACCCUGGGUCUACAGAACAGACUGGAAGCUCUGGAGUUGGAGAACAGCGCCAUCAAACAGCUAAAUACCCAGCUCCUUCUCAAAGCUGAACAACAACAAAGUGCAAAGGAAUAUUAUGAGCAGGCACUGAUGGCAGAGCUGAAGAAGAACCAGGAGUUACGGGAGUAUAUCAGGGUACUUGAGAGCAGGAUUCCUCAUCCUGAGAGCAACUGCACACCUGUCAAACAGAAGGGCAGCUUUAGUGCUGGGAAGAUCGGACCAUGCUCCACCAGCUCUCCCCUCGAAAGACCUGAUCUGUCCGGUAGCCGUGUUUCAGGAUACCCCUUUUCCACCCUUUCCCCAGCCUCCUCCAGCCCAGAUGCAAGAUGGCAGAGAAAAAGCCCAGGCAGUUCUUCAAUGGGGUCUUUGAGAAACUCUCAGCAAGAAGUUCAAGAUUUAAAAGACCAGUUAGAGGCACUAAAAUGUCAGCAGACUGAGAUUUAUGAGGCAGAAUAUCAGACAGAGCACAAGGACCACAAGCACACGCAGCAAGAAAACCGAAGGCUUCGGAGGAAAAGGGAGGAAAUGUGCCAACAGGUGGCACUUCUGCAAGAACAGCUCAAGAUUUAUGAGGACGACUUCAGACGAGAACGGUCUGACAAACAGGUGCUACAGCGACUGUUGUUACAGAAACCUCCAAACAAGGACCUGGUGCUCAUCCACCGCUGUAAUAAUGAGCAGCACCAGUCAGGGGGACGCAAGACGGCACCAAGCGAAGAAAAGAGAAAGCAGCACCACCCACUCUGCCCAAAGCACACAAACAGUGGCAAAGAGUCUGACUGAGGCUCUGAGGGCGAGAAAGACAAGGUCUUACACACAGGGGACCAGUUCAAGAAAUUAUUAAAAUUAGAUGAAUACAUCUUUUCUAUCUGAUUCUGAUAUUCCUAUGUGAUAUAUGCCAUUUAUUAACCUGUCCACCAUAGCUCUUUCUAUUGAUGUAUUGACUGAUCUACACAUACAGUAUAGAAAAAGAUAUUAAAUGACAAUUCUGUCUUUUUUUCAUUAUGGGUGCAGCAAAAUAAACCCAUAGACACCAGGGGGCAGUAUUACAUUGGAAAUAUCUGUAUUCUCAAACUAUGUUUUCAGUUUUUGGACAACAUGUCGGAAGUAUUUUUAAGGGGUUUGGCACCAAAUGAUCCUGUUAUAACUACAUACUACUCUAUUUAUACUUUUUGUAUGCCCUCUUUAUGUGGAACUGCUACAUGACACAGCCAUACAACAAUUCAGGUGUAACGAGUAAACACAUUUUUUUAACAAUAAUGGAAAGAUGUGUAUGUUUUAUAGAAUAAAUAAAAAGAACAAACUUGUCUA